UUAUUUUGUCUAUUUAAACGCACCUCCUUUCCCUCCACGGAGGCGGGGUUCCAGGUGAUAGACGGCCCCGCUCUGCAGAGCGUCCUCCAGUUUUUCUUAGAAAUAAAGCUGCAGUACCGGGACCCACCGGGUGGCGUUGUGAGCGGCCUUCUACACCGGAAGUCACGGUGUUCUGGUUCCCCUGGUGUUGUAACAACAUGGCGGCCCUGAGGAAGGUUGUUUCCAGCUUCGGGUGUGGACACCGGUUCACCUCCUGCAGGUUCUCCAGCCCCUCCUUCAGCUCAGACUACUCGGACAGAAGACCCACAUCCGGGUUCUCCGCAGCCUUCGACCUGCAGUCGGAGCUCCGACGGGAGGCGGAGAGCUCUGUGGCUGGCGGCAUAGUCUCCUCCUCCGGACAGGAGCAGAGCUUCUCCUCGCUGCUCCGGAGGUCUCCGCUGGUCCAGAUGGGACCGGCCAGAGACAAGGUGGUGGUCGGGAGGAUCGUCCACGUGGUCCACGACGACCUGUACGUCGACUUCGGAGGGAAGUUCCACUGCGUGUGUCGACGACCGGCCGACGGAGAGAAGCUGCAGACGGGCAGCAGGGUCCGUCUGCGGCUGCAGGACCUGGAGCUCACCGCCCGGUUCCUUGGGGCCAACACCGACACCACGCUGCUGGAAGCCCAGGCCGUACUGUUGGGCCCGCUGGAGGGAAGGGAGGCCCGGGAGAACCAGAACCAGGACUGAUCCGGAUCAGACCAUCGGAGCCCUGGUUCUGUAGAAUCAGAGGCUUGUGUUUGUGGACUUUAAACUUGAGUUUAAACUGGUUAUUAUAAUAAAUAUAAUUUAUAGUAACACAUUAGACAUACUGUCUCGUUCUUUUCAGGGAUUCUGUUGAAAUAAAACAUAAAAACACGAUAAAAGUGAAUGAAAGAGAACUAAAGAUUCACAGACACGUUUAAAUCAGACACAGAGUCGGUGGUUUUGUUUCCUUUCUGUACUUUAAUGAGAGAAAACAUCCAGCGUUGGUUUGACCGAGCUGAGCCUGAACGCCUCCAAUGUCUCCUGGGGAAUAAACCCAGAACUCUGACUCACAGGCCCAGAGCAGGUUCUCAGGUGAGAUGGAGGCAGAAAUACAUUAUACAUAGAAUCAUAUAGAGACGUCAUAAUGUUUAUGUGAUACUGUAGUACUAGUAGUAGCACUAUAGCUAUGAUGUAGUACUAGUAGUACUGUAGUUGUGAUGU